CAUGAUCGGGCUGAUGCUGGGAACCUGCAUUGCUUUCUACGUCGUCAUCGGUGAUUUGGGGUCCAACUUCUUUGCCCGGCUGCUUGGAUUUCAGGUGUCGGGCAGUUUCCGGAUCGUGCUGCUCUUUGCUGUCUCCCUGUGCAUCGUGCUUCCCCUGAGCCUGCAGCGGAACAUGAUGGCCUCCAUCCAGUCGUUCAGCGCCAUGGCCCUCAUCUUCUACACCGUGUUCAUGUUCGUGAUCGUGCUGUCGGCCUUCAAGCACGGCCUCUUCAGCGGGCAGUGGCUGCAGCGAGUCAGCUACACGCGCUGGGAGGGCAUUUUCCGCUGCAUCCCCAUCUUCGGCAUGUCCUUCGCCUGCCAGUC